AUGGCUGAAGAACGAGGAUCAAGUUAUAAGCCUUACCUACAGGACUCCUCCUCCACCGGGGAUUCAUCCAGCGAAGAUGUGUCCAGCACAGACCUUCGUGUCCAAGAAACACACAUCUUGCAAGAGCGCAAGAUUGGCGUUUUCGGAGCCAUUUCACUUAUUGUGAACAAGAUUAUCGGCGCUGGAAUCUUUUCAACCCCGGCGUCUAUCUUCAAACUAAGUGGGAGUCCGGGUAUGGCGCUUGUCCUUUGGGUUAUUGCCGGCCUGAUUUCGACAUGUGGAGCUAUGGUGAUGCUAGAAUUCGGCACCAGCAUUCCCCGAUCUGGGGGUAUGAAAGUAUAUUUGGAGCGCUCGUUUUCACCGAAGUUACUUUUCACUUGCAUCUACCUCUUCUAUUGUGCUAUUCUACAGACCUCGGCUAGCAAUGCCAUCACAGCUUCCUCAUAUCUUCUCAAAGCCGCUGAUGCUGACUCGACUACAUGGAAGCUACGUGGUUUAGCAAUUGCUGCAGUUGGCUUCGCAGUGGGAGUUCAUAGUAUCACGCCACGUAUUGGAAGAGGAUUACAAGAUAUUCUCAGUGCAGUGAAACUUUUCACCUUGUUUUUCAUUGUCUGCACUGGAUUUGCUGCGCUUGGAGGGCAUGUUAAAGGAGCCAAGCCUCACAACUUCGACAUCUCGACGUCUUUCGAGGGCACGUCGAACAAUGGGUACAAUAUCGGAACAGCGUUGCUGAAUGCAAUCUUUUCGUUUCAGGGCUACGACAAUAUGAAUGCUGUUCUUUCGGAGGUCAAAAAUCCGCAACGGACUCUGCGUAUUGCCCUGCCCACAGCCAUGGGCACUGUCACCGUGCUCUAUAUCCUUGCAAAUAUUGCCUACUUCGCAGGUGUCUCGAGAGCAGAAUUCUUAAGCUCAGACCUAACUAUUGCGGCUUCUCUCUUCAACAACGUCUUUGGUCAUUCCGCAGCAGUCAAAGCUCUUCCAGCCCUGGUGGCUAUUUCUGCAAUUGGACAUCUUCUCGGCGUUGCAUUUACUGUUUCACGAGUUCUCCAAGAACUAGCCAAAGACGGCAUAACUCCUUUCCCUAACCUCCUCAUGCAGAAUCGUCCAUUCAAAACGCCCAUCGCCUGCCUUGCUAUUCACUUGGCAAUCACGAUCAUCUUCAUCUGUGCUCCUCCAGCCGGCGAUGCGUUCAAUUUCGUCGUCGGCCUAGGCACUUAUCCCACGGUUUUCCUCUUGACUUUAGUGACAAUUGGACUGAUCAAAUUACGUCUUGACAAGAAUGAUAAAUUCCAGUCAUCAUUCAAAGUGCCAUGGGCUAUCCUGGCGUUCUAUCUAGCCGGAAAUAUUUUCCUACUGGUCAUGCCGUUUGUUCCGCCAGUCAAUGGAAAGGGCAGCACGAGUCUCCCAUAUUGGCUUUCCCCUGUUGUGUCCUUGGCUAUACUGGCCCUGGGAGUGAUCUACUAUGUCGGUCGAUUCAUCUUGCUUCCUUGGGCGUUUGGUUAUGAGCUCGAUCUGGUGGCUGUGGGCCUUAGUGACGGAUCGCGGGUUUCAAGAUACAAGGUUCGAAAAGUGUAG